AGUAUGUUUAUUGUGGAACGUGCAGAUUGUAUUGACUAUUACUGAUAAACAGGUUUAUGAUACUAUUAUGAUGCACAUACUUACUGUACCAAGGUUAUUUCCUUAUGGGAGGUGGGUAUAAAGCCCUGAUCUGAACAAACCAUCAGAAAAGAAAUACAGCACAGACAAAUCACCAAGACUGCUAUGAUCCCGCAAUUUUCCUCCAGAUUCAUCCAGCGUACUGUAACAAUGAAGACCGUCGCAGUUUUGUUAGCCUUAGUUGUCUGUCAACAGUCACUUGCUUUGGUUCAGGACACACAGCAGCUGGAUUCCCAGGGAGAAGAGAGCAAAAUCAUAGAGGUUUCUGCUGAUGAACAGGAACCAGUGGCUGGAGAUGGUCAAAACAGUGGCCAGAAAGACAUUCACAAGGUGCUAAGAGAGAUGAGCGCUAUGAUGGCGGAACUGAUAGUUGAGAUAAGACACACAAAGGAAGAGCUGAAAGCUAUGGAGGACAGGCUGAGAACCAGUGAGAACAAGGUGAAGGAAAUGAAAACAAGCCUUCAAGUUCAACAGGUGGCUUUUGCAGCCUCCAUCAGUAAUGUGGGCAACAUUGGUCCCUUCAACAUUGAAACCACUCUGAUCUACAAGAAGGUCUACAUAAACAUUGGAAGGGCUUACAACCCAACAACAGGAAUCUUUUCAGCACCAGUGAAAGGAGCCUACUACUUCAGCUUUUCAGGCCAUAAUCACUCAUCUAGAUCCAUGGGCCUUCAGCUGAUGAAGAACGGAGAACAGAUGAUCACAGUGUUCAACCAUGCCUCUGGAAACCGCCAUGAGACCGCAACCAAUGGGAUCUCUCUGCAGCUAAAUGCAGGAGAACAUGUUUACAUGCAGCUCAGAGCCAAUACGUGGAUCUUCGACAACGGCAAUGACCACAGCACUUUCAUUGGCCACUUGUUGUUUCCUCUGUGAGGAGAAAGAUGCUGAUUGGUCCAACCGUGUGAUAUUUGGUAGGGUAGUUCUGUAACCAAAUGUUUUGUUCGUAUAAGUGAAUCACUGGGCGGAUAUUCAUUAUGCAUAAACAACCCAGAGUAAAAAAAGAAACUAUACAAUAGCUGACCAGUACCUACGUUCAGUUACAUUUUCCUGAGUGGCCUGUGCAGUGCACUGUCCCACUUCUCUCGGUCAUCUGUCAAUGCAGGGCCGUUGAGAUGAGAUGACUGUAUACAGCUUCAGUGCAGCGUUUGGUCUGGCGCGUAGUCGUCCAUACUGCAGCAACUGUGUGAUGCCAUUUCAUCAGCAUGUCCCAAAAUCCGUGUGGAAUGCUUCUGAUACCUUGUCAAAUCUAUGUCGUGCGGUAUCCGUGCUGUUCUGGAGGGGUCAGAUCUGCUGCAACUGUAUUAAACUGUGUAAGGACGUCUAAGGAAGGGCUAACAAUCCAACCCCAGAUUAGCCCUGUUAUGAGUCACUAAAAGAUAACGUGCUUUAAAUGAAGUUCAAUCAAGGGGUCCAAACCCUUUGAAUCAAUAAGAUUUCUCAACAGAUUUCUGUGACAAAUAUCACAUACAUCUAUACGUAUUGUGAUUAUGAAAUGAAGAAACAUUUUCAUUGUUUAAAAGACUGUAGGUGUUGGGUGAAUAACCUCUUUAACUCAGUUCUGUGGGCAAUUGUGUUUAUUAUGGUGGAUUAACAUUAUCACGAUCAUUAAAAGCA